UGUAUACCGCUGCCACAUCAGCUGUGCUUGUUUCGAUAUACCGAUUACUCUAUAUUUUUUUUAUUACAUUUGUUUACCUUUUUUGUGCGUGGCUACUGCUCAAGCAACGUUGUUGCCUUUUUGUUAAAAAUCAGAAAAACUUCGUAGAUAAGUUAUUUAAAAAGCUUGCAAAAUGCAUCCCGGGCAGAUAGAAGUAAACGAAAUCACUGGCCUUUGGACAUUUCUGUUGACCAUUGAUUGGAAGGACCCUUGGCUUAUUGGAUUAAUCACUCUGCACGUGUUAACAACUAGCACAGCUUUACUUACGCGAAAUAAUACAAACUUUCAAGUUGUUUUAUUCCUUGUUCUUUUGUCUGUUGUUUAUUUCUCUGAGAGCAUUAAUGAAUAUGCUGCAGCGAAUUGGCAAACAUUCUCCAAGCAACAAUACUUUGAUAACAAUGGCCUUUUUAUCUCGACUGUCUUCUCCAUACCCAUAUUAUUAAAUUGCAUGCUGUUAAUCGGCACUUGGCUUUAUAAUUCAACUCAAAUUAUGGUCACCCUAAAGACCGCCCAGCUUAAGGAAAAAGCGCGAAGGGAAAAAGCUGCUUUAACAGCCACACGCACUACGCCCACAAAAAACCUAACGGAAGACUAGAUAUUAAUAAUAAAGGCCAUUUACCAGUUGUUAAGUGUUUGUCCGCAAAUAUAUAAAUGUAAACUAAAGCUGUAAGAAACAAUUUAAA